GGAGACCGUGGCCGCUCAGCUUGACUAAGGGAUGGCCGUCCCCGGGGCCCUGCUGGCCCUGCUGCUCACCGCGGCCUCGGUCGUGCGCCUGGGUGAGGCCUUAAGUUGCAUCACCUGUGAGCAGCCCACGGCCCUUCCUCUGUGCAAGAACAUUACCUACUGCAAGCCGGACGAAAUAGCCUGCAAGACCACGCUGGUGACGGUAGAGGCAGAGUUCCCCUUCAACGAGAGCCCCGUGGUGACCAGCACCUGCGCCAGAUCCUGUGAGGCCACCGACCCAGACAGCAUCGGGGCUGCCCACCCCAUCUUCUGCUGCUUCCACGACCUCUGCAACUCCGUGGGCGCUGCCAGGCUCAGUGCCGGAGCCCUGGCCCCCCUGGGGGCCGUGGUCCUCAGCCACCUCCUUCCCUGAGGUGCCCGACACUGCCGGUCGGCCGCUCUGUUGGCACGCACCCACGGUCCGAGCUCAGCAGGCACCAGGCUACUCAUGGGACCCCGGGGGAGAGAAUUGUUUUGCCCUCCUCCCCUAAACCUGUGGGGUACAUAAAUAAACUGAGGA